CGGGGACGUCGUCCUCGUAGUCUCCCCGUCCCGCAUCGACGUCCCCGUCAUAGACUUCGCGCUCAUGUCCAUCGGCGCUGUCGUCUCGCCUGCCAACCCGGCGUCCACCGCCGAGGAGUACACGCACAUGGUCGCGCUCUCCAGACCGGUCGUCGCGCUCGCGGCUCCCGAGGUGGCCGCUAAGCUUCCGAGGAACCUCAGGUGCGUUGUCAUCGGCUCGAAUGAGUACAAGAGCCUCUCCUCCGCCGGCGGCGUAGCGCCGUCCCCGCCGGUGGCGGUGAAGCAGUCCGACACGGCGGCCGUACUGUACUCGUCGGGCACCACGGGCCGGGUCAAGGCCGCCGCGGUCUCGCACCGCAACCUCAUCGCGGUGAUCAGCGCGCACAGGAACAACCGGGUUAUAGCGGAGAAGGAGGCUGCCGAGGCCGGCGAGGAGCCGCUCCCGCCUACGGUGACGCUGUUCCCCCUCCCACUCUUCCACGUAUUCGGGUUCAUGAUGCUGCUGAGGUCGGUGGCCAUGGGGGAGACUGCCGUCCUCAUGGACCGAUUCGACUUCAUCGCAGCGCUGCGCGCCAUUGAGCGGUACCGCGUCACGCUGCUGCCCGCGGCGCCCCCGGUGCUGGUGGCCAUGAUCAAGUCCGAGGAGGCGCGCCGCUGCGACCUCUCCUCCCUCCUCUUCAUCGGCAUCGGCGGUGCGCCCCUCGGCCGCGAGGUCGCCGAGCGCUUCGCCGCCAUCUUCCCCAACAUAGAACUCAUUCAGGGCUACGGUCUGACGGAGACAUCUGGUUCGGUGGCUUCGACGGUCGGGCCAGAUGAAUGCAAAGCGUACGGUUCGGUCGGGAAGCUGGCAUCGCACUUGGAGGCAAAGAUCGUCGAUCCCUCCACCGGCGAGGUGCUUGGGCCAGGGCAGCGCGGCGAGCUCUGGGUCCGAGGACCAGUCGUCAUGAAAGGUUAUGUCGGUGACGACGAGGCUACUGCAGCAACAGUGGAUUCAGAAGGCUGGUUGAAAACCGGUGACCUAUGCUACUUCAACGAGGAUGGGUUACUCUACAUUGUUGAUCGGUUGAAAGAGUUGAUAAAGUACAAGGGAUAUCAGGUACCUCCUGCCGAACUGGAGCAUAUCCUGAAUUCUCAUCCUGAUAUCAUGGACGCAGCAGUUAUUCCUUAUCCAGACGAAGACGCCGGGCAACUCCCAAUGGCUUUUAUAGUGAGGAAACCAGGGUCAAACCUUACCGAGCAACAAGUCAUGGAUUUCGUGGCUAAACAGGUCGCACCCUACAAGAAAGUUCGUCGAGUGGCCUUUGUUUCUGCAAUUCCCAAAUCGCCUGCUGGGAAGAUCUUGCGGCGGGAGCUUGUAGAGCAGGCCGUGUCCAUGGGUACCUCCAAGCUUUGAAGUUUGAAGUUUAUACUGACGUCGAAAUCUAGAAGGAAAUUCUUUUUUCCCCGAAAAGAUGGCAGUUAUGCUAGCUAGAAUGGCAUUUUUUUACGGAAACGGAGGCUAUUAUAUAAUUGACCCGAAUAUUAUGGACAAAAACUAUUGUAUUAUUAAGAUUCUCGUGCACUUAAAUUAAGUCAUAAAAAUUUCUUU